AUGUCGGCACCAUCAAGUCCUUUUCAACAUGGUCAGCAAUCAUCCCAGCCUCCCUCUAGUGUAGGUGCUUAUGAUAGUUCACAAUUCGAUGAUCAGUCGUUAGGAAACAGAACUCCCCAGUUUCCAUCUUCUUCCAGAGGAGUGUCAGAUGGAAAUAGACAUUUCGGUACUGAUGACACUAGGCAAGGCAUUAAUUCAGAAUCACAAAUAGAGGCUAUGGAAAAUGAUUCACAAGAAAUUACUCCAUUAGCCGGGAUCAGGCAGAAAAACUUGAAUGCCAUCAAAAAGGUUGAUGAUAAAACUGGUGAAACUGUAAGAGAGGCAUUCGAACAUUUCUUGUCAAAUUUCACCGCCCUCAAUGAUGAAACAGGUGAGAUGGAGAAGGUUUAUAGAGUCCAAAUUGAAUAUAUGAGAUGGUACGAAUUGAAUACCAUAUACGUUGACUAUAAACAUUUGGCCGAGGUGGAAGACGGAGCUUUAGCGGUUGCUAUUUUACAACAGUAUUACAGAUUUUUGCCAUUCCUUUUAUCUGGGCUAAGAAAUGUGGUGAAGAAGUACGCUCCUGGAUUAUUAUUAACAUCUGACUCUGUACUUCCUUCUCAAUCUCAAGAGAAUUCUCAGGACCGCUCUUCGCAAAGAAUAGAUUCAUCUUUGCCAACUUCGCAGGCUGCCACCGCAGGAGGCACUGCCCCAUCUACCAUUGCCACUAAUCCAGAUCAGGUUGAACGUGUUUUGCAAAUCAGUUUCCUGAAUCUCCCAACUGUCCAUAGAAUCAGAGAUAUUAGGGCUAAUAAGAUUGGUUCUUUAAUGGCUAUUUCAGGCACAGUCACGAGAACUUCGGAAAUUAGACCAGAAUUAUACAAAGCCAGUUUUACAUGCGAAUUGUGUCGAGCUGUUAUUGACAAUGUGGAACAAGUUUUCAAGUACACUGAACCAACCUCUUGUCCAAAUCCAACAUGUGAGAACCAAUCUUUCUGGUCAUUAAACGUGAACAGGUCCAAAUUCUUGGAUUGGCAAAAGGUAAGAAUUCAAGAAAAUUCCAAUGAAAUUCCAUCCGGUUCUAUGCCAAGAACCUUAGAUAUUAUUCUUCGUGGUGACUGUGUCGAAAGAGCUAAACCAGGUGAUAGAUGUAAAUUUAUUGGUACUGAAAUUGUCGUUCCAGACGUUAGUCAACUUGGUUUGCCUGGUGUUAAAGCAAGUUCGACUCCAGAUUCUAGAGGUAUCUCACGGACAACGGAAGGAUUGAACUCAGGUAUUUCUGGGCUCAAAUCAUUAGGUGUUAGAGAUUUAACUUACAAAAUAUCGUUUUUGGCAUGCCAUGUUGAAAAUGUUGGUACCAGUUUCAAUGGUAGUAGGAUUAAUGAGGAGGACGCCGAUAAGACAUCCAAAUUUGAUUAUAUUAACUUGAGAAACUAUCAAAACUAUGAAAUGGCGGCAGAAACUGAUCAAGAAAUUUUCCUAACAAGGCUUGAUUCUGACGAAAUUAAUGAAUUAAAAGAGAUGGUGAAAGAUGAGAAUAUUUAUGACAAACUGGUGAAAUCGAUUGCACCAGCAGUUUUCGGGCAUGAAACCAUUAAGAAAGGUAUCCUUUUACAAAUGCUUAGCGGUGUUCAUAAAACUACUGUAGAAGGCAUUAAAUUGAGAGGUGACAUUAAUAUUUGUAUCGUUGGUGAUCCGUCCACCUCAAAAUCUCAAUUCCUAAAAUACGUCUGUAACUUCUCUCCAAGAGCCGUUUAUACUUCCGGUAAAGCAUCUUCAGCGGCUGGUUUGACUGCAGCUGUGGUGAAAGAUGAAGAAGGUGGUGAUUUCACUAUUGAAGCUGGUGCGUUAAUGUUGGCAGAUAAUGGUGUUUGUUGUAUCGACGAAUUUGACAAGAUGGAUAUCGCAGAUCAAGUUGCUAUUCAUGAAGCCAUGGAACAGCAAACCAUUUCGAUUGCCAAAGCUGGUAUUCAUGCAACAUUAAAUGCCAGAACUUCAAUUUUGGCUGCCGCUAAUCCCGUCGGCGGUAGGUACAAUAGGAAACUGACUUUAAGAUCUAAUUUGAACAUGUCUGCACCAAUUAUGUCCAGAUUCGAUUUAUUCUUUGUCAUUCUUGAUGAUUGCAAUGAGAAGAUCGAUACUGAGCUAGCUUCCCACAUCGUAGACUUGCACAUGAAGAGGGACUCUGCUAUUAAUCCACCAUUCUCAGCAGAACAAUUGAGUCGUUAUAUCAACUAUGCCAAGACUUUCAAGCCGGUAAUGACUAAAGAAGCUCGUGACUACCUAGUCAAAAGAUAUACAGAACUAAGGAAAGACGAUGCGCAGGGGUACAGUAAAUCUUCGUACCGUAUAACUGUCAGACAACUGGAAUCAUUAAUCAGAUUAAGUGAAGCUAUUGCUCGUGCUAAUUGCGUGGAUGAAAUUGUUCCGAGCUUUGUCGCUGAGGCGUACGAUUUGUUGAGACAGAGUAUCAUCCGUGUUGAUGUUGAUGACGUUGAAAUUGAAGAUGACGAUAACUCCCCAGAAGAAAGUACGGAGGGUGAGGGCACAAUACCUGCCACACAACACUUCGGCGAAACACUUGAUACACAAUCUCAGUCACCUUCUCAACCACUGAACGCCGACUCCGAAACGGGGGGUGGUCCUGACGUAGAGUCUCAUGACAACGCUCAUCACACAACACAUAAAGUCGCAAUAUCAUAUGAUAAAUACGUGGAAAUGAUGAAUCUAAUUGUACGGAAAGUGGUUGACAGAGAAAAGAAUGAAGAACCUGAAAUGACAAAAACUGAGAUAGUAGAUUGGUAUUUACAACAGAAAGAAAACGACAUCAACACCGAAGCAGAAUAUUGGCAAGAAAGGAAAUUGGCAUUCAAAGUCAUCAAAAGAUUGGUAAAGGACAGGGUCUUGAUGCAAAUACAUGGUCAAAACGACGAUCUAUCUGCCGAUGUCGAAUCCUCAAAUGCCAAGACAGUGUAUGUGAUACAUCCGAACUGUAGUGUUCUAGAUGAAAUCACCCCUAACCCACCUCAAUGA